AUGAGGAGAGCCUUUGCAGUGUUUGAUAUAAGGGUAGUUGAGGAGCUUUGUGGGGAUGUGUUAUCAUUCUCUAUUAUCGAGGAGGAUAAUGAAUCAGAACUAUUGCUAGAUUUCCUUGUGCUACUUAAAGAACAAAAGCAGAAGGAUGCCUCCAAGUUAAUGGAAGAAAUUAGUUGCUUAGAAGCAGAUAUAAAAGAGACUGAGAGAAGCCAGACAAAUGAACCCUUAGUUCUUUCUUGCUUACCUAGGGAGUCCCCCAAUGCAAGGGGAAACAGGUUGCUUCAUCAAGAACAUUCUAGUUUGGACGUACAACCCACAACAUCCUCUGCUUCUGAUACGGGAUUGACGUUGAUGAGGAAUAUCAGUCAACUUGAAAGCGCUUACUUCUCUGUGCGAUCUAGUAGACAGCUUACUGAUAAUGAUGUGAUGACACGUGAUGAUAACGAACUGUUAGAAACUCGUGAAAACUGGUAUCAGUCACAGAAGGAUAUAGAGAAACACAGAUCCAGAGAUUGUCUGGGGGUUUUCUUUAAUGGAUUGUGCAAGUUUGCUCACUACAAGAAGUUUGAAGUACAGGGGAUAUUAAGGAAUGGAGAUUUUAGUAAUUCUGCUAAUGUCAUAUGCUCUUUGAGUUUUGACCGCGAUGAGGAUUAUUUUGCUGCUGCUGGCUUAUGGGAUGCAGGAACUAGCCAAGGUUUUUCUCAAUACAUUGAGCACAAUAAAAGGGCUUGGUCUGUUGACUUCUCUCGAGUGGAUCCAACAAAAUUAGCUAGUGGAAGUGAUGAUUGUUCUGUGAAACUCUGGAGCAUUAAUGAGAAGAACAGUCUAUGCACAAUCAGGAAUAUUGCAAAUGUCUGCUGUGUUCAGUUCUCUUCUAACUCCACUCAUUUGCUGGGUUUUGGCUCUGCGGAUUAUAAGACCUACUGCUAUGAUCUUCGGAAUGUUUUAAUCCCCUGGUGUACAUUGGCCGGGCAUGAAAAAGCUGUUAGCUACUUGAAAUUUAUGGACUCUGAAACUCUAGUUUCUGCAUCCACUGACAACACGUUAAAGCUUUGGGACCUCAGUAAAACCAGUUCCAGUGGUUUAUCAACCAAUGCUUGCGUCUUAACCCUUAGAGGGCAUGCCAAUGAGAAGGUUGGUUGCUCCAUGCUAGGAGCUGGGUAA